CUGCAAGCUGGGAGAGUCCUCUCAGAUGUUCGGAUGAACGUCUCUGAUUCCUGCUGAGAGAGAACAUCAACCUGCAGAGACUUCAGUCCAGGACAUUCAGGUUGUUUCACAGCUCUGCCUCCUUCAGCCCGCCUCAGUGAGAAGACGAUCCAGAGCUUCGUUCUGCACGGCUGCUUCCUGCAAAGCAUCAGACGGCUGCAGUCAGAGGAGCACAACUUGAAAGUCCAGCAUCUUCAACCUCUACAUCCAGCAUCCAUCUUUCUGGACUUUGGAACAACUGGAGCAUCUGAGAAAUUACUUCUACCCUCAGACUCCUAACGAAACUAUAAGGUGAUGAUGGAGUCCAUCAGUCAGAAAACCAACACAACAAAAACAGUCAAGGGAAUCAGAAAGGAUGUCACUAUAUCUGAGCUAGUUGAAUCAAACAUCAUUGAUGAAAAACUCCAAAAGGAUAUUAAUGCUGGAAAUGUAACAGUGGAUGAGGUUAGUGAAAUAUACUCAGUACGUAAAUACCUUGAAGGGACCAACAGCAUUGCAGGAGUGUACAUCCAGUCCACAAAGGAGACGCUGAGUAUCUAUCAAGCAAAAAGCCGAGGUUUACUGACUCCUGGUACCUCUCUGGUUCUGCUGGAAGCCCAAGCUGCCACUGGCUUUGUCAUUGACCCCGUAAACAACAAGAAACUUUCUGUAGAGCAAGCAGUAGCUGAGAAACUGGUCGGCACAGAGUUGAAAGACAAACUACUUUCAGCAGAAAGAGCAGUUACAGGAUACAAAGAUCCCUACACCGGAAACAUAAUUUCAUUGUUCCAGGCCUUGAAGAAAGAUCUAAUUGUGAAGGACCAUGGAAUCCGUCUCCUUGAAGCGCAAAUUGCUACCGGAGGAAUAAUUGAUCCAGUCCACAGUCACAGAGUGCCAGUCCAGGUGGCAUACCAAAGAGGUUACUUUGAUGAGGAGAUGAACCAGAUUUUAUCUGACCCAGAUGAUGACACCAAGGGAUUCUUUGACCCCAACACCAAGGAGAACCUUACCUACCUGCAGCUGAUUGAAAGGUGCAUUACAGAUCCUGUCACAGGUCUCAGUUUGUUGGUCAUUGUGAAGAAAGGAGAGUUCUACUUCUUUGUUGAUGAGGCCACAAAGCUCAUGCUGAAGUCUACAACAACAACCAAAGCUGGAGGGAAAUACAAAGGGACCACAGUUUCUCUGUGGGACUUGCUAUACUCCAAAUACAUCACUGAGGAAAAGAGGAGAGACCUUGUCCAACAGUUCAAAGCUGGAACUCUCACCAUUGAACGCUUUUUGGAAAUCGUCUUGACCAUCAUUCAGCAGCAAACCACAACAACAACCACUGUCACCACCACCACCAUCACAAAGACAACUGAAGACAAAACAGUCAAGGGCAUUAGAAAGGAUGUCACUAUAUCUGAGCUAAAGGAAUCAAAAAUCAUUGAUGAAAAACUCCAAAAGGAUAUUAAUGAUGGAAAGGUAACAGUGGAUGAGGUUAGUGAAAUAUACUCAGUACGUAAAUACCUUGAAGGAACCAACAGCAUUGCAGGAGUGUACAUCCAGUCCACAAAGGAGACGCUGAGUAUUUAUCAAGCAAAAAGCAGAGGUUUACUGACUCCUGGUACCUCUCUGGUUCUGCUGGAAGCCCAAGCUGCCACUGGCUUUGUCAUUGACCCCGUAAACAACAAGAAACUUUCUGUAGAGCAAGCAGUAGCUGAGAAACUGGUCGGCACAGAGUUGAAAGACAAACUACUUUCAGCAGAAAGAGCAGUUACAGGAUACAAAGAUCCCUACACCGGAAACAUAAUUUCAUUGUUCCAGGCCUUGAAGAAAGAUCUAAUUGUGAAGGAUCAUGGAAUCCGUCUACUUGAAGCGCAAAUUGCUACCGGAGGAAUAAUUGAUCCAGUCCACAGUCACAGAGUGCCAGUCCAGGUGGCAUACCAAAGAGGUUACUUUGAUGAGGAGAUGAACCAGAUUUUAUCUGACCCAGAUGACGACACCAAGGGAUUCUUUGACCCCAACACCAAGGAGAACCUUACCUACCUGCAGCUGAUUGAAAGGUGCAUUACAGAUCCUGUCACAGGUCUCAGUUUACUGGUCAUUGUAAAGAAAGGAGAGUUCUACUUCUUUGUUGAUGAGGCCACAAAGCUCAUCCUAAAGUCUACAACAACAACCAAAGCUGAAGGGAAUUACAAAGGGAGCACAGUUUCUCUAUGGGAUUUGCUAUACUCCAAAUACAUCACUGAGGAAAAGAGGAGAGACCUUGUCCAACAGUUCAAAGCUGGAACUCUCACCGUUGAACGCUUUUUGGAAAUCGUCUUGACCAUCAUUCAGCAGCAAACCACAACAACAACCACUGUCACCACCACCACCAUCACAAAGACAACUGAAGACAAAACAGUCAAGGGCAUUAGAAAGGAUGUCACUAUAUCUGAGCUAAAGGAAUCAAAAAUCAUUGAUGAAAAACUCCAAAAGGAUAUUAAUGAUGGAAAGGUAACAGUGGAUGAGGUUAGUGAAAUAUACUCAGUACGUAAAUACCUUGAAGGGACCAACAGCAUUGCAGGAGUGUACAUCCAGUCCACAAAGGAGACGCUGAGUAUCUAUCAAGCCAAAAGCCGAGGUCUACUGACUCCUGGUACCUCUCUGGUUCUGCUGGAAGCCCAAGCUGCCACUGGCUUUGUCAUUGACCCCGUAAACAACAAGAAACUUUCUGUAGAGCAAGCAGUAGCUGAGAAACUGGUCGGCACAGAGUGGAAAGACAAACUCCUUUCAGCAGAAAGAGCAGUUACAGGAUACAAAGAUCCAUACACCGGAAACACAAUUUCAUUGUUCCAGGCCUUGAAGAAAGAUCUAAUUGUGAAGGACCAUGGAAUCCGUCUACUUGAAGCGCAAAUUGCUACCGGAGGAAUAAUUGAUCCAGUCCACAGUCACAGAGUGCCAGUCCAGGUGGCAUACCAAAGAGGUUACUUUGAUGAGGAGAUGAACCAGAUUUUAUCUGACCCAGAUGACGACACCAAGGGAUUCUUUGACCCCAACACCAAGGAGAACCUUACCUACCUGCAGCUGAUUGAAAGGUGCAUUACAGAUCCUGUCACAGGUCUCAGUUUACUGGUCAUUGUGAAGAAAGGAGAGUUCUACUUCUUUGUUGAUGAGGCCACAAAGCUCAUCCUAAAGUCUACAACAACAACCAAAGCUGAAGGGAAUUACAAAGGGAGCACAGUUUCUCUGUGGGAUUUGCUAUACUCCAAAUACAUCACUGAGGAAAAGAGGAGAGACCUUGUCCAACAGUUCAAAGCUGGAACUCUCACCGUUGAACGCUUUUUGGAAAUCGUCUUGACCAUCAUUCAGCAGCAAACCACAACAACAACCACUGUCACCACCACCACCACCAUCACAAAGACAACUGAAGACAAAACAGUCAAGGGCAUUAGAAAGGAUGUCACUAUAUCUGAGCUAAAGGAAUCAAAAAUCAUUGAUGAAAAACUCCAAAAGGAUAUUAAUGAUGGAAAGGUAACAGUGGAUGAGGUUAGUGAAAUAUACUCAGUACGUAAAUACCUUGAAGGAACCAACAGCAUUGCAGGAGUGUACAUCCAGUCCACAAAGGAGACGCUGAGUAUCUAUCAAGCCAAAAGCCGAGGUCUACUGACUCCUGGUACCUCUCUGGUUCUGCUGGAAGCCCAAGCUGCCACUGGCUUUGUCAUUGACCCCGUAAACAACAAGAAACUUUCUGUAGAGCAAGCAGUAGCUGAGAAACUGGUCGGCACAGAGUGGAAAGACAAACUCCUUUCAGCAGAAAGAGCAGUUACAGGAUACAAAGAUCCCUACACCGAAAACACAAUUUCAUUGUUCCAGGCCUUGAAGAAAGAUCUAAUUGUGAAGGACCAUGGAAUCCGUCUCCUUGAAGCGCAAAUUGCUACCGGAGGAAUAAUUGAUCCAGUCCACAGUCACAGAGUGCCAGUCCAGGUGGCAUACCAAAGAGGUUACUUUGAUGAGGAGAUGAACCAGAUUUUAUCUGACCCAGAUGACGACACCAAGGGAUUCUUUGACCCCAACACCAAGGAGAACCUUACCUACCUGCAGCUGAUUGAAAGGUGCAUUACAGAUCCUGUCACAGGUCUCAGUUUACUGGUCAUUGUGAAGAAAGGAGAGUUCUACUUCUUUGUUGAUGAGGCCACAAAGCUCAUCCUAAAGUCUACAACGACAACCAAAGCUGAAGGGAAUUACAAAGGGAGCACAGUUUCUCUGUGGGAUUUGCUAUACUCCAAAUACAUCACUGAGGAAAAGAGGAGAGACCUUGUCCAACAGUUCAAAGCGGGAACUCUCACCGUUGAACGCUUUUUGGAAAUCGUCUUGACCAUCAUUCAGCAGCAAACCACAACAACAACCACUGUCACCACCACCACCACCAUCACAAAGACAACUGAAGACAAAACAGUCAAGGGCAUUAGAAAGGAUGUCACUAUAUCUGAGCUAAAGGAAUCAAAAAUCAUUGAUGAAAAACUCCAAAAGGAUAUUAAUGAUGGAAAGGUAACAGUGGAUGAGGUUAGUGAAAUAUACUCAGUACGUAAAUACCUUGAAGGAACCAACAGCAUUGCAGGAGUGUACAUCCAGUCCACAAAGGAGACGCUGAGUAUCUAUCAAGCCAAAAGCCGAGGUCUACUGACUCCUGGUACCUCUCUGGUUCUGCUGGAAGCCCAAGCUGCCACUGGCUUUGUCAUUGACCCCGUAAACAACAAGAAACUUUCUGUAGAGCAAGCAGUAGCUGAGAAACUGGUCGGCACAGAGUGGAAAGACAAACUCCUUUCAGCAGAAAGAGCAGUUACAGGAUACAAAGAUCCCUACACCGGAAACACAAUUUCAUUGUUCCAGGCCUUGAAGAAAGAUCUAAUUGUGAAGGACCAUGGAAUCCGUCUACUUGAAGCGCAAAUUGCUACCGGAGGAAUAAUUGAUCCAGUCCACAGUCACAGAGUGCCAGUCCAGGUGGCAUACCAAAGAGGUUACUUUGAUGAGGAGAUGAACCAGAUUUUAUCUGACCCAGAUGAUGACACCAAGGGAUUCUUUGACCCCAACACCAAGGAGAACCUUACCUACCUGCAGCUGAUUGAAAGGUGCAUUACAGAUCCUGUCACAGGUCUCAGUUUACUGGUCAUUGUGAAGAAAGGAGAGUUCUACUUCUUUGUUGAUGAGGCCACAAAGCUCAUCCUAAAGUCUACAACAACAACCAAAGCUGAAGGGAAUUACAAAGGGAGCACAGUUUCUCUGUGGGAUUUGCUAUACUGCAAAUACAUCACUGAGGAAAAGAGGAGAGACCUUGUCCAACAGUUCAAAGCUGGAACUCUCACCGUUGAACGCUUUUUGGAAAUUGUCUUGACCAUCAUUCAGCAGCAAACCACAACAACAACCACUGUCACCACCACCACCACCAUCACAAAGACAACUGAAGACAAAACAGUCAAGGGCAUUAGAAAGGAUGUCACUAUAUCUGAGCUUUUUGACUCAGAAAUCAUUGAUGAAAAACUCCAAAAGGAUAUUAUUGAUGGAAAUUUAACAGUGGAUGAAGUCAGUAAAAUGGACUCAGUACGUAAAUACCUUGAAGGGACCAACAGCAUUGCAGGAGUGUACAUCCAGUCCACAAAGGAGACGCUGAGUAUCUAUCAAGCCAAAAGCCGAGGUCUACUGACUCCUGGUACCUCUCUGGUUCUGCUGGAAGCCCAAGCUGCCACUGGCUUUGUCAUUGACCCCGUAAACAACAAGAAACUUUCUGUAGAGCAAGCAGUAGCUGAGAAACUGGUCGGCACAGAGUGGAAAGACAAACUCCUUUCAGCAGAAAGAGCAGUUACAGGAUACAAAGAUCCCUACACCGGAAACACAAUUUCAUUGUUCCAGGCCUUGAAGAAAGAUCUAAUUGUGAAGGACCAUGGAAUCCGUCUCCUUGAAGCGCAAAUUGCUACCGGAGGAAUAAUUGAUCCAGUCCACAGUCACAGAGUGCCAGUCCAGGUGGCAUACCAAAGAGGUUACUUUGAUGAGGAGAUGAACCAGAUUUUAUCUGACCCAGAUGACGACACCAAGGGAUUCUUUGACCCCAACACCAAGGAGAACCUUACCUACCUGCAGCUGAUUGAAAGGUGCAUUACAGAUCCUGUCACAGGUCUCAGUUUACUGGUCAUUGUGAAGAAAGGAGAGUUCUACUUCUUUGUUGAUGAGGCCACAAAGCUCAUCCUAAAGUCUACAACAACAACCAAAGCUGGAGGGAAAUACAAAGGGACCACAGUUUCUCUGUGGGAUUUGCUAUACUCCAAAUACAUCACUGAGGAAAAGAGGAGAGACCUUGUCCAACAGUUCAAAGCUGGUACUCUCACCGUUGAACGCUUUUUGGAAAUCGUCUUGACCAUCAUUCAGCAGCAAACCACAACAACAACCACUGUCACCACCACCACCACCAUCACAAAGACAACUGAAGACAAAACAGUUAAAGGCAUUAGAAAGGAUGUCACUAUAUCUGAGCUUUUUGACUCAGAAAUCAUUGAUGAAAAACUCCAAAAGGAUAUUAUUGAUGGAAAUAUAACAGUGGAUGAAGUCAGUAAAAUGGACUCAGUACGUAAAUACCUUGAAGGGACCAACAGCAUUGCAGGAGUGUACAUCCAGUCCACAAAGGAGACGCUGAGUAUCUAUGAAGCAAAAAGCCGAGGUCUACUGACUCCUGGUACCUCUCUGGUUCUGCUGGAAGCCCAAGCUGCCACUGGCUUUGUCAUUGACCCCGUAAACAACAAGAAACUUUCUGUAGAGCAAGCAGUAGCUGAGAAACUAGUCGGCACAGAGUUGAAAGACAAACUCCUUUCAGCAGAAAGAGCAGUUACAGGAUACAAAGAUCCCUACACCGGAAACACAAUUUCAUUGUUCCAGGCCUUGAAGAAAGAUCUAAUUGUGAAGGACCAUGGAAUCCGUCUACUUGAAGCGCAAAUUGCAACUGGAGGAAUAAUUGAUCCAGUCCACAGUCACAGAGUGCCAGUCCAGGUGGCAUACCAAAGAGGUUACUUUGAUGAGGAGAUGAACCAGAUUUUAUCUGAUACAGGUGACGACACCAAGGGAUUCUUUGACCCCAACACCAAGGAGAACCUUACCUACCUGCAGCUGAUUGAAAGGUGCAUUACAGAUCCUGUCACAGGUCUCAGUUUGCUAUCAUUGGCUAAGUAAAUUCAGCAAGGCUGAAUCUAAACAAGAAUGCAUCCAUACAAUUAGUGAUGCUUCGCCGAACCUGUAAUGUAAACUAACAUCACACUCUGCUAGGGUUAAAUUCAUUCCUUGCUGUCAUAUACUACAGCUUUGAUCUAGAUGUGCUUAUCACAGUUUAGAAGAAAGCAACCUUUUAUAUGUACUUUAAUGCCAAAGUUAAACUUAAAAGGUGUUCUGUGUCAUUUUCUUUUUUUGUAACCAGAUUCUCAUCUCUGUUGACAUUUUUGAUUUACCUUGCUGUUGAAGCAAUAAUUAUGGUUCAACUUAUGUUGUCACCAGAUGGUGCUGUUUGCAUAAAAUCUUUUUCUGCAGUUUCUAUGGGUUCGAAUGUGAUUUUGUUGUGGAUGUAGUUGCACAAGGAGAACACUUUUCUUUGUUUCAUGAGGCUUAUUAAACUUGUGUAAUUUAGACAUU